AUGAAUCUGCAGAAUCAGUUGUUCAUGGUUGUUGGAAUGAUCGCACUCAUUUUCACUGGGACAUUCACCACGCUAUUCAUUGUAUCGUCCCCUAGAUCAAUAGAUUACUCCAUGCAAAAAGUCAAUACCCCUGUCCCCAGAAAUGAGCUUGCUGAAUAUUUCUCAAACAGCACAGUCACAUAUAAAAUUUGGUAUGAUGUGCUUAUGGACUUUUCAAUCAUCCAAACACUGGACGAUAUAGACUCUUCGAAUGAUAAUAUCCAAUUCUUUACAGAUAUUGAUAUGGACACUCAAAUCACAGAUCUGCAGCAGCUUGGACCAAAUAUAGUCAGCACCCGGGACUACGUGAAUUUCCAAAAUAGCGAAGAACAGCACGUGUUUUACUUUGCAGAGAGCGAGCAGGCAAAUGUCCAGUAUGUUAUUUCCGCAUAUAAUAACAACUUAAGAAAUAGACAGACUGCUGUGUGUGCAUUUUACAUGCAUAAUGAAGUCUUAAAGGGGUACGUUCUAAAUAAUUUAAUUUUGAGAGCAGUUCAGACGAGCGAGAUAGUUCUUUUAUUAGACGAGCCUGUAGAAUUUGUCAAGAUUAUUGACUUUGAUGGAAAUUCAUAUGAAUUUACAAUGGAAAAUGUUUAG